UUCGGGUGGUGAAACAGAGCCAUCUUUCGUGCAAGAUAACCUGAAGAGUGAAGCCAUAAUCGAAAUCAACUACUUUCAUUUCAUGUAUCGCUAGGAGAUGGAACCCAGAGAGCAAGCAGUUGAGUAUCUGAGUCUGACUGCUCUUCCGUGAAUCCGGUUUUGCUCCUCACACCAACCCUCACAGCAUUUUCAGCUAUGCAUUGGUUUGGGAAUGAAGUAUGUUAUCAUACAUGAGACUAGUUACUCUGUCAAAUAUUCACCCAAUAACUUCUUCCACAUGGCAUAGAGUUCUCUUCACUCCUUUCUGAAAUUUUGAACCGAGGAGGAUUCGUAGGGAAACUCCAAGCGUCACUUAAAAUUCGAGAGUCUAGAGUGGAAUUUGCUGGAGACCGGAAUCCCUUCUGCAACUACUCUAAUUUUCCAUGAAUAGCGGAUCAAGUAAAAUAAGAAAUGUUUCCUCGAAAGGCCUUGUUCUUUCCUUGCUAGAUUCAUGCAAGAACAUGAGAGAGUUUAAGCAAAUACAUGCUCGGAUCAUCAAAGAAGAAAACCCAUCAUAUGAUGUCUCGUUUGCAACUGCAAAGUUGGUCUCUUUUUAUGCAGUCUCACCUAAUGGAAACAUAGACUAUGCUAAAGCUGUUUUCGACCAGCUGCAAAACCCCACAACCUUUAUUUGCAAUUCACUCAUCAGAGGUCUGUCCUCAAGUAAAAGCCCGCAUGAAGCCAUAAUAUUUUAUCAGAAAAUGCUUAACCAAGGAUUCAAACCCAACAAUUUCACAUUCCCUUUUGUGAUUAAGGCGUGCACUGAAAUGUCGAUGAAUCAAAAUGGAACAUUGAUACAUACCCAUGUCAUUAGAAGUGGACUGGAGUCAGAUUAUUAUAUUUGCAGCUCCUUGAUUCAUAUGUAUGCAAAUGGGAAAGACCUAGAAGCUGCGAAGCAGUUGUUUGAUAAGUGCUCUGAUAGGGAUGUAGUUUCCUGGAAUUCAAUGAUUGAUGGUUAUGCAAAAUGCGGGAAUAUGGAGCUUGCCUUAUCAGUAUUUGAACGGAUGGUAUGCAAAGAUAUAGUUUCUUGGAAUACCAUGAUCAAUGGGUUUGCAAUUCUGGGGAAUAUCAAAGAAGCCAGGAGGCUAUUUGAUGAAAUGCCUGAGAAAAAUGUGGUUUCUUGGAAUUCUAUGUUGGCAGGGUACGUCAAAUGUGGGGAUGUAGAGGGUGCACGACGAAUUUUUCAUGAGAUGCCUCAGAGGGACGUUGUGUCUUGGAAUGCGAUGUUAGCCUGUUAUGCGCAGACUGGGCGAUCAAAUGAAGCUCUAACCUUAUUUGAUGAAAUGCGAGUGGCAGGUAUAAAGCCAACUGAAGCUACAAUGGUCAGCCUGUUAUCUGCGGCUGCCCAUUUGGGUGCCUUGGAGCAAGGAGCCCACCUGCAUGCAUACAUCAAUAAGCAAAAGAUCAAAAUUAACACUAUUUUGGGGACUGCUCUGGUAGACAUGUAUGCAAAAUGUGGAAGCAUUUCUCAUGCCAAGCAUAUCUUCAAUUUGAUAGAAUUUAAAGAUGUUCUCGCUUGGAAUACCAUUAUAGCUGGCAUGGCCUUGCAUGGCCAAUUUUUAGAAGCCUAUCAGCUUUUUAUAGAGAUGCUAGAGGAGGGCGUGAGGCCAGAUGACAUAACAUUUGUAGCAGUACUAACUGCAUGUAGUCAUGCUGGGAUGGUGGAAGAAGGUCAGAACCUCCUUGCUUGCAUGAACAACACUUAUGGGAUUGAUCCGAAGGUUGAACAUUAUGGGUGUGUCAUUGAUCUCCUUGCUCGGGCCGGACUUGUAGAGAAGGCCAUAGAGUUAAUUGAGACCAUGCCUAUGGAGGCUAAUGCUAACGCCUGGGGAGCAUUACUUGGAGGUUGCAGGAUACAUGGGAAUGUUGAGGUGGGUGAGAGAGUGGGGAAACGCCUUAUCAACCUUCAACCUCACCAUAGCGGCCGCUAUGUACUCCUCUCUAACAUAUAUGCUGCUGCAAAACGAUGGGAUGAUGCAAGAAAGGUGAGAAACCAAAUGAAAACCAAAGGAGUUGUUAAAUUGCCAGGGGUAAGUAUGAUAGAGUUGAAGGGAAUUGUUCACCAGUUUGUAUCUGGUGACCAGUCCCACCCAGAAUCAGACCACAUUUACAACAAGUUGUCUGAGAUAUGUACAGUUCUGAAGAAUGUAAUUGGGUAUUCACCAGAUACACAGCAGGUCUUGUUUGACAUAGAAGAAGAGGAGAAAGAGUACGCAAUAUCCAUUCACAGUGAGAAGCUGGCUAUUGCUUUUGGCUUCUUACACUUGGGUCCAAGGGACACCAUUAGAGUGGUGAAGAACCUUCGAGUUUGCAGAGAUUGUCAUAGUCUCACAAAGCAAAUUUCAAAGGUUUAUGAUCGAGAAAUAAUAGUAAGAGACAGGAAUCGCUUCCACAUCUUCAGUGAUGGCAAGUGUUCUUGUAUGGAUUACUGGUAGAUGCUUGAGUUCUUUGUGUUUGAAGAGAAUCCAAGUUUUAUUGGAAAAAAGCACUAAUAACUGUAGGAAAUUGGGAAAUGGAGUGUUGCCACAAGGGGGCCUGAUGUUUUUCUUUCCUGGCUAAGAGACAGACUGCUGGAAUGGUACUUCUGGUAAUGAUUGAAUGUAUUCAGAUCAAUAUCCUCCAUGAUCUCAAAGGAUGUUUGUCAGUACCCAGGAGCACCAUUCUACAGCAGUCCCUCUGUUAAAUACACUUUUUUUUUCCCAAAAACUGCAGAAAAAAUGGCAAUCAAGGUAUUCAAGUUUCGUGGGGCUGGUCAUAAUUGCUUUGAAAGGCAUUGGGGUUGUUGCAAGCAGAUUUUUACAGUGAAAAUGGCAUAGAAAAUUGUAUUAACAUGAUCUAGAGCUAUAAAAUCUUGUAUCUAAAGACAAUGCCUACAACAGGGAAAUCCUUAAGUUCUACUGUAUUCAUUUUGUUCAAGAACUCACAUCCCAACAAUAAUGACAACGAUUCUGUGGCAGUUUUGAUGGAUCAACCAUUAUAUUAUGGACUAUCUUUUUACAUUUUCCUUUAUAUUUUUUAGCUUUUUUUUUUGCUGCUGCUGCUGCUCAUACAGAGGUGUUACUUUAAUUGUUGUAUUCAGUUAUACAAGUUAAUGUUCAAACAAGUGGUGCUAACAUUGGCUCC